UGAUGAACGACCAUGCCCCUGGAGAUUAGACCAUCAUAGAUCCACCACUGGGGCAGUAACUUUCAUUGACUGUGAGUGGAAGAGCCAUGAAUGUAACAGCAGUUACACCAUUCCAUGAACGAACCUGAUAGCAGGUGCAAGAGUGACGGGCUCUAAACGUCAUCACUCUCCAUCUCGGCGCCCACAACAACUUCCACAUAAACAUCCUCCCAGGAACCACCGUCUCGACCGCAGACCCGAGUAUUCUUGAUCAAAAAAAAAACCUGCGAAAUUCAACGCACAAUGGCUCUCGUCCUUCAAGGCGCUACUUUCCUGCACCAGUACGUGGGCGCAUUCCUGCAUUCCGCGCCCCAGAAGAGGCCCAAUGCCCUCAAACUCGGCGUGCUCUCCUCCGCCCAGAUCAAUGCCGCUGCCAUCAUUCACCCCGUCGAAACACACCCCGACGUGAUCCUCUACAGCAUCGCCUCCCGCGACGGCGCGACCGCCGCCAAAGCCGCCAAGCAGUACCACUUCACCAAGUCGCACGACUCGUACCAAGCCCUCCUCGACGACCCGGCCGUCGACAUCGUCUACAUCUCCACCCCGAAUGGGCUGCACUACGAAUGGGCCUCCAAAGCCAUCCAGGCGGGCAAGCACGUUCUCUGCGAGAAGCCAUUCACCUCGAACGCGGAGGAGGCCCGCGCGCUGAUCGACCAGGCUAAGGAGAAGGGGGUGACCAUCGAGGAAGCCUUCCACUGGCAAUUCCACCCCGCGGCGCACGCCUUCCGCCGCAUUCUCGAAUCCGGCGAGUACGGCCACAUCAUUCGCACCGAGGCGAUCAUGACGGCCAGUCCCGGCGUGCCCAAGGGCGAUAUCCGCUGGCAAUAUGACCUUGCCGGUGGCUCAGCCAUGGACAUGACGUACGCGCUCUCGUUCACGCGCUACGCGCUCCGCACGCAACUGCCCAAGACCAUCCACUCGGUGACGGCGCGGCGGUCGGCGGACGACCCGCGGGUCGACGAGGCGAUGUAUGCGUACCUGACCUUCGAGGAUGCGCAGGGCCGCGAGGUGCACAGUCGCGUGUACACGGACAUGGCGCGCGCUUGGGCGGGCGGCGUGGUGCCGCGGUUCUGGGAGCUGCCGUCCAUCGAGGUCGAGACCGAGAAGGCGAUCAUCUUUUUCUACAACGCCAUGAUGCCGCACCUGUACCACUACAUCGCCAUCACCGACAAGACCACCGGCAAGACCAGGUACCAGCGCCAGUACCGCGGCGGCCCGCUAUGGGAGAACGUCACCACCAGCGACGGCAGCCGCGGCGGCAAGACCGCCUGGAGCACGUACCGGUGGCAGCUGGAGGCGUUCGUCGAUGCCGUCAGAGGGAAGACGCCGGCGUACUGGAUCCCCGGGCAGGAGAGUAUCUGGCAGAUGGAGUGUAUCGAUCAGUUGUAUAAGGCGGCCGGAUUGCCAGUCAGGGGGGAGAAGACGGACGAGAAGCAGUGAUGGAGGGAGGAGGCUGGUAAUGAAUUAUGCCUGUUGGCUGGACAAUAUGUAUGGAG